UCACGUCCGAGAUCGUCGCCCGCUGUGCGCUGUUGUGGGUUUUGUUUUGAUUCCGUUUUUCCUCCAUCCGCGCGGAUGACGUUCCGGUUUGCGUUUUAUGCAGCAACGAAAAUAAACGCCAAUGCUUGUGCUUGCUGCGUAAUCGUUUUGCUAGCCAUGAACGUGCUGUGAUUUAUGUGCUCUCGUGCGCGUUUUGGGUUACGGCUCGCGACUGUGUGCAUUUCGGUUGAGGGUUGCUGCUUUUCUGCCAAUCGCUCCAGUUGUUGUUGUUUGCCAGCAUCACCGAGCCAUGAUACGGUACCGGGUAGUGGCGCUUGUGCUAAUUGUGCUGCUAAUUUAUUUCUUUCGCCUCAUUUUUGCGUCCGGCGGAGACCGGAGCCAGUUUUACCAAAACUGCCUAAAGUUCUGCACGCUCGACAACUGCACGCAGUCUGGCGUAUCGUACAAGAAGGAGCUACAGUGGAAGCACGAUCCGAUCAAUAAACUGCUGCUGUGGACCUGCUACGAUGAGUGCGGCUACGACUGCAUGUGGCGGACAACGGCCGCCUUUCACAACCGCAACUGGACGACGCCACAGUUUUACGGAAAAUGGCCAUUUGUGCGGUUCCUCGGCAUGCAGGAACCGGCCUCGGUCCUGUUCUCGGUGGCCAACUUCGCGACGCACUACAAGAUGCUGCAGCGGUUCAGGCGAGAGGUACGCACCGACAGCCCCAUGUACGGCACGUGGCGAGCCUUUUCCUACAUCUGUCUGAACGCGUGGAUUUGGUCCGCGUUUUUCCACACGCGCGAUUUUCCCGUGACCGAGCUGCUCGACUACACGUUCGCCUACUCGAUGGUGCUGGCCUCGUUCCACUGCAUGGUGAUGCGCAUGAUACACCGCUCGUCCAUCGUGGUGCGCGGCGCGUUCAGCUGCCUGUGCGUACUGUUCUUCGUCAAUCACUUUUCCUACCUUAGCGUUGGCCGGUUCGACUAUUCGUACAACAUGAAGGCGAACAUUGUGACGGGUAUGAGUGGUGCUCUCGGUUGGAUUUUAUGGUGCUUUCUGCAGCGCAAGAAGCGCCGCUACGUCUGGAAGUGCUUUACCUUUAUCGUGCUGGCGACAUCGUCCUUGCUGCUGGAAAUAAACGACUUCCCACCGAUCCUGUGGACGUUCGAUGCUCACUCGAUAUGGCAUUUGGUAACGGCACCACUCACAAUACUGUUCUAUAGUUUUAUAAUCGAAGACUGCAAAACGUUGCGCAAGGAGCUGGUCGGCGUGGAAGAUGAAGAGAGCCGCAAGCUGCUCUAAUGGCUACUAAGAUCGACAAACACGAAUUGCUAUAUCCGUUGAAGGGCAAUAAGACAAACAUGGGCAACACGUGCAAUGCGUUCUGGUCAGCGCAAGCAGAACGCAAACCGUUAGUACCGAUGAUUUGCGCGAUGAUGUAUUUAAUAUCGUUUAGUCGUUGGACAGAAAGUAGAAUAUUUGUCUACUUUUACACAACCACUUGGUAAACCGUAUUUUUGGUGCAUUCUUUUUUUACUAAGGAUACAUUUUUAUCACAUUCUUUCAACUGUUAAGCGAUUUAAAAUGUACUUAUUCAGGGCUGGACACACUGUUUAGGACGUUUAGGACUGUCUAGGCGUAUACUCAUUUUUGCGUACUCUUCUAAAUCGUUCCGAAUCGUAUUAAUUAAUUAGCUAAAAA